AACUAAAAGUUGGACAUGGGAUAUGAGUUUGGUGCAAUAAGCAACCUCUUUAAAGAAUUAUUACGGAUGAGAAAAAAUUACAGGAAAAAGCAGGGUGUGGGUCACCUUGAAGCAUCUUUUUCAACUAAGCAUAAGAAAGACCCUUUCCACUUUCUUGUUAUCGGCUUGAGAUGCUCUUUCUUCACCCUCCAAACUGAAGCAUCUCAAAGAGAUGGGGUUGCUCCAUCAGUAGUUCAGCAGCUACAACAGGAGGCAGGAGGUGACCUUUUCAGUGUUUACAUAAGGCAUAGAGAAGCUAUGGUUUUUCCUGGUCAGGCUAAGAAGGAGGUCCCGAGAGUUGAACUCAACAAGCCAAAGAGCUUGUUGCUUCCUGGAACUUGCCUUGCCUCUGUUGAAUCCUUAUCGAUGCCUCUUGUCCACGAAGUUGUUCUCUCAGCAGAUAUCCGAUGUGCAGAGUGUCAAAGAAGAAUAGCAGACAUAAUGUCAAGAAUGAAUGACACAGAUUCUGUUUUGGUGAAUGUGUUGGAGAAGAAGGUGACACUCACUUGUAGAUACCCUGGUAUUGUUAACUUAGCUUCAAGGCAGGUUCCUGUUAUUUACAGGAAUCCUGUAAGCACAAUGGCCAUGAUCAAGAGGAUUUUUCGCUCUUCCCGGAGGUGAAUACCUAUCAAGAAACAUCGAACAUGCUACAGAAUUUUUUGUAUAAAGACUGUUUGUUGUAGCCUUAAUUCUGUGUAUAUAUACCUACUGUUGUACAAAAAAUAAAAAAGAAUAAUACAUGCAGUUAUGUUCUGGUUUUUGGUAAUGUCUCA